AUGUCUCACAAAGCAUUCAAAUUGACGAUCGACCUGGGAGACGACGUGGUAUGGCUAUGCAAGGCCCGACGCCAGAGCCGCGAGAACCAUACGCCUGUGCAGAAGCGCGAUGACGAGAAAUCCAAUAUCAACCAGCAGGAGAAGCAGCAACGGACAGAAGAUCAAAACCCAGCCCUCUCUCAGGGCAAGCAUCAGAAGCUGCAUUUUCUAAACUCGUCUCAACAGAAUCAGGCUGAACGACACAACCGACAGAAGCUCUGGAAUAGAUGCUUGCGUAAGCGACAGCAGAUCCAUCAAUACCAACGCGAGGUUCAGCACGAACGUUUGCAAAAACAGGAAAAACACCCCCAGCAGCAAGUCCAUUUCGAGCCGUUCCAUCAGCAAUUAACGGACGAAAUGCAGAAGCUUCAGGACAAGAUAAAGCAGGAAAAGCUCCUCCAGGAACGACGCCAGCGGUUCAAGGACCAGGUUCAGGAGCAGCUCUGGACGGAACAGUCUCACAAUGAAGAAGAAUGCCCAAUUCCGCCGGAGUACCAGAAGACACAAAACCUGCUCGCACAACAGCCAGUUCACAGCCAAUACCAGCCGCAACAGCUUCCGAACCGGACCCAGAACCCACAGACACCGAGCCAAUACUGGCAGAAGCAGGCUCAUUACCGGAAGCAGCCCCCACAUGUGCGCCACCACCCUCAACCGCCACACGUCGAUUACCCCAUGCCCCAAUACCAGGUCUGGCAUAGCCCACAUGAUCAGCCCUGGCAUCACCCAUUUCCGCCAUGGCAGCCGCAACCUCAAGGCAUCCUCUGGAUGCUACAGGCUCAGUACAAACAUCUGGGGCAGCAGAUUCAGGAUUUACGCUGGCAGCAGUGUGUCCGAUCCCAAUCGGAGAAACAGCAGUGUGAGAUGCAAAACCAGACAAGGUUUCAGACCUGGCAGCAGCCGACAUCUCCACUUCCAACCGAGUGGCAGGAGGCCCACUAUGAUGCCCGUAGGGAGCGCCACCAGCUUCAGCCGCAGAAAGGAAAACAGCAAUCUCGAGCACAUGACGAGUCAGAUAUUCUCGAUUUCCCACAUUCUCCUUUUGUAACGGAUGAGCAUAGUUAUGAUAGCGAGGAGCAAUGCUCAGAGGGUGAAUAUGAGUUUCGAGAUGAGAUUAAUGAGAGCGACAGUGACCUGGAGAGUCAAAGUCAGGGUAGCUUAGAGGGUGAGGAUGAAAACGAGGAUAGCAGUGAGGAAUGCAACGAGAGUGAGAACGAGAGCGAAGGCACGGCGGACGAGAACGAGGACAAGGAAGAGGAUAACCUGGAGAGUGAGAGCGACUACGUCAUUAUCUAA